AUUGAAAGGACAAGAACAAAACUUAAAUAAGCAAAUAUCAUCCAUUACAAGACAAAUUGUUAAGACUAGAACGCAAGCAGAAAAGUCUAAAAAUGAUCUUGCACAUGAGAAACGAUUACGUGAAAAAGCAGAAAGUUUAAUUGAAGGCGCUAGACAACAAGCAAAGAAAGAAAUUUACGCAAAACUUAGUGUCGAAGCUAAUCGUCGUGACAUUGCUCAUAAGCUAAGCAAUUUAAAGCAACAAAAUGAACAAUUAAACAAGCAGCUAAACGCUAGCAAAGCAGAAGUGCAAAAAAAGCUAAAAGAAAUUGAGCGCAUCCGAGUGGAAUAUGCAGCUGAGCAAAAAUCUCGUCAUGAAACAGAAGAUUUACUAGAGGAAUCAAGAACGGAAGCAUAUGAUCAUUAUCUUAAUGCCGAAAACGAAAAGAUAAUGCGGCAAGGUAUAGAAGCUGAGAUACAAGAUGUUUUACAAGGGUUAGAAAAACCUCCCGUGGUAGAAGUAGAUUUAGAACUUGACUUGAACUCUCCAAUUACGGAAGAAAUGACUAAUGUAUUAACGAGUCACGAUUGGCAAGUCCAAUUAAUUAAAGCAGAAACCGUUCGAACUGCUUGUCAUAUAUUCUUCUUAAAAUAUCGGCCCUAUCAAAAGGUAACAAAAGAUCAAAUAUCCAAAAGAUUUCUCAAGCUAUCCCAUUUAUUGCACCCCGAUAAAAAUAUCAAUGUGGAAGAAAAACUAAAAAAAAUUCGAGAGGAAAGAUUUGCUUAUCUUACUCGGGCUAAGGCUCUUUUACUUUCAUGGGUAGAGGAAGAAAAGAAAUCCAGUCCUCCCAAGAACCCUAUCCAAUUAUAA